AUGCCGGUCCGGAGGGGGCACGUUGCGCCUCAGAACACCUUCCUGGGAGUCAUUAUUCGUAAAUUCGAGGGACAAAAUAAGAAAUUCCUCAUAGCCAAUGCCCGGGUGCAGAACUGCGCCAUCAUCUACUGUAAUGACGGCUUCUGUGAGAUGACGGGCUUCUCCCGGCCGGACGUCAUGCAGAAGCCGUGCACGUGUGACUUCCUGCACGGCCAGUUGACCAGCCGGCACUCUGUGGCCCAAGUGGCCCAGGCGCUGCUGGGCUCAGAGGAGCGCAAGGUGGAGAUCACCUACCACCGAAAGGAUGGUUCAAACUUCCUGUGCGCCACCCACAUCAUCCCGGUGAAGAGCGAGGGGGGCGUGGUCAUGAUGUUCAUCCUCAACUUCGAUUACAUCCUGGAGGAGGGCAGCAGCGACUCGCUGGAGAAACUCAACCACACCUCGCCUACCAAAGCUGAGCAACGGAAAGGGAGAUUCUUUCGCUUCCGUUUCCCGGCCUUACCUCUCCUGGGCAUCAGCAAGCAGUCCCUGCCCCAGGAAGACCCCGACGCCGUCCUGGUGGACUCCCCUCGCCACAGCGACGGCUCGGUGGCGACGCACGACUACCAGCUCCCCACCACCCGCGAGAGCUGCAGCCCCUCCUACGCCAACGACACCCGGGCCCUCAUCGCCCCCAGCCACUGCUCCACCCCUGUGUCCGGGCCUUUGGACCACUCGUCGCCCAAAGGCCCCUGGGACAGGAUGUACCAGGACCGGGCCAUCACCCAGAACCAGCACCUGAACCAGGAGGACACGUUUAACGCCGUCCCGUCAAUCCCAGGCCUCACGCCCACCGCCUCCAGAGAGAGCGUGUGCAGUAUCCGCAGAGCGUCGUCCGUGCAUGACAUGGAAGGCUUCGGGGCCAACUCCAAGAUGGCGUUCAGAGACAGACAUGCCAGUGAAGACAACGGUCGCAACCUCAGAGUAUCUCGCUCCUGGAUGGCUGGCGGCCCGCUGAGCCAGAUCAAAUCCAGCCUGCUCGGCUCCACCUCUGAGUCCAACAUCAACAAGUACAGCGCCAUCAACAAGAUCCCGCUCAUCACGCUCAACUUCUCCGAGGCCAACAACGAGAAGAAGUGCCCCUCGUCGCCGUCCUCCGAGAAAACCAUCAUCGCCCCGAAAGUCAAGGACCGCACGCACAACGUCACAGACAAGGUCACGCAGGUUCUGUCUCUGGGCGCAGACGUUCUCCCCGAGUACAAGCUCCAGACGACGCGCAUCGACAAGUGGACCAUCCUCCACUACAGCCCCUUCAAGGCCGUGUGGGACUGGCUCAUCCUGCUGCUGGUCAUCUACACGGCCAUUUUCACGCCCUACUCCGCCGCCUUCCUCCUCAACGACAUCGAGGAGCAGGGGAGGCGGAAGUGCGGCUACGCCUGCUCGCCGCUGAACGUGGUGGACCUGAUUGUGGACAUCAUGUUCAUCGUGGACAUCCUCAUCAACUUCAGGACCACUUACGUCAACAUCAACGAGGAGGUGGUGAGCCACCCGGCCAAGAUCGCCAUCCACUACUUUAAAGGCUGGUUCCUCAUAGACAUGGUGGCCGCCAUCCCCUUUGACCUGCUCAUCUUCGGCUCCGGGUCAGAUGAGACCACCACUCUGAUUGGUCUGCUGAAGACGGCCCGUCUCCUGCGGCUGGUGCGCGUCGCCCGCAAGUUGGACCGCUACUCAGAGUACGGCGCCGCUGUCCUCAUGCUGCUCAUGUGCAUCUUCGCCCUCAUCGCCCACUGGCUGGCCUGCAUCUGGUACGCCAUCGGCAACGUGGAGAAGCCGUACCUCGAGCACAAGAUCGGAUGGCUGGACAACCUGGGGGUGUCCAUAGGAAAAAUGUACAACUACAGCGACCCCAGCUCAGGUCCCUCCAUCAAAGAUAAGUACGUCACAGCGCUCUAUUUCACCUUCAGCAGUCUGACCAGUGUGGGCUUCGGGAACGUCUCCCCCAACACCAACUCUGAGAAGAUCUUCUCCAUCUGCGUCAUGCUCAUUGGAUCUCUAAUGUACGCCAGCAUCUUUGGGAACGUGUCCGCCAUCAUCCAGCGGUUGUACUCGGGCACAGCCAGGUAUCACCUCCAGAUGCUGCGGGUCAAAGAGUUCAUCCGCUUCCACCAGAUCCCCAACCCGCUGCGGCAGCGGCUGGAGGAGUACUUCCAACACGCCUGGACGUACACCAACGGCAUCGACAUGAAUAUGGAGGUCCUGAAGGGUUUCCCCGAGUGCCUGCAGGCGGAUAUCUGCCUCCACCUCAACACAAACCUCCUCCAGGGCUGUAAAGCGUUCCGCGGGGCCACCAAGGGCUGCCUCCGGGCGCUGGCCAUGCGGUUCAAGACCACCCACGCGCCCCCCGGAGACACCUUGGUCCACAGCGGAGACGUGCUCACCGCGCUGUACUUUGUCUCGCGCGGCUCCAUCGAAAUCCUAAAAGACGACGUGGUGGUGGCCAUCCUUGGUAAGAACGACAUCUUCGGCGAGAUGAUCCACCUCUUCGCCAAGCCGGGGAAAUCCUGCGCCGACGUGCGGGCGCUGAGCUACUGCGACCUCCACACCAUCCAGAGGGAGGAGAUCCUCGAGGUGCUGGACAUGUACCCGGAGUUCGCCGACCACUUCCUCACUAACCUGGAGCUGACCUUUGACCUCCGGGACGAAACCAGCAAGACAUCACACCCACAAGCAGCUGAGUCCAACAUGGAUGAAAUGAAGAGUGGAAGACAAGCGUCCUACAAAAGGAAGUCGUCCACAGGCUCCCACAGCAAGGAGCCGGUGGCCACCUACUGCGACGCCAAGCAGGGGAAGCAGAUCUACGCCUCCUCAGCAGCCGAGGAGAAGAGGGAGUCUGCCGAAGAGGCUGAAGAGCAGGAGGAGGAGGAGGAGGAGGAAGAGGAAGGCAGAGAGGAGGAAGAGGAGCAGAGGCCGUUGUGUUCUGGUGUGCUGGGCUACCCUGUAGUCAGGGACCACUCCCUGGGCUUCGGGCUGAGCAACGCUCCGGAUGCACCGGCUGGAGACAACACACAGGAGCAGGGCUAUAAAGAUGCAGAUGAGUGGGUGCGUCAGCGUCCCAGAGAGAAAGCCGAGGAGCCCGCCCAGUGUCAGGAGACGCCAGCCGGGGAGGACGACAGCGACACAGACCUCACCUACGGAGAGGUGGAGCAACGGCUGGACCAGCUGCAGCAGCAUCUCAACAGACUGGAGUCCCAGAUGACUGCAGACAUCCAAGCCAUCCUGCAGCUCCUCCAGAGACAAACCACGGCCGGGCCUCCAGCCUACAGCACCGUCACCUCCAGCCCAGAGUACCAGAGACCAGCUGUCAGGGUCCAGCCGCUGUGUGCCAUCCAGACAGAGCUGAGCCUCGGCCCUGCUCCGCCUCUGCCACAGAGCCCUGGCCCAGAGGUUACCCAGAACCAAUCCAAAGAAUCCUCCCCGGUCCUCCUGCACACAGAGACUCUUCAAGAUGAGAACUUUGGUGGCCUGCUCGACAGCGACAUAGACUCGGAGCAGAAACACAAGAAAAAUGACGCGCCCUCUCUAGAGCAACACCACCAACACCAUCAAGAGCCACCGCGGUUUCCGGCAGGCCGACAAGCCUCUUUACCAGACGUCCCCAGCAGCUCAGGAAUGUUGGGACUCCACAGGCCAGUUUCUGACCCGGGGCUUCCAGGAAAGUAG